AUGUUUAGUCAAUGUUCUUUAUGUGCAAAUAACUUCGAAAACAAAAUAAUAAAACAUGUUACUAAUUUUAUACAAUCAGUUAAUUGGUAUCAAUGGGUUUUAAAAGAUGGAUAUUCUAAAAAGAUUGAAUUUAAUGGUACAAUUGGUGAAUGUAUAGAAGUUUUAAAAUCAAAAGUAAAUAAAUUUUUAGCUCAUGUUUUUAUUAAACGUCAACAAUCGGAAUAUUUUGAAAAAAUGAAAAAAAUUUCAAAUAAUGAAAAUAUUUGUUUACAGAUUGAUUUUAGUGAAAAUUUAGAUUAG